CCGACCUGAAGAUCACAUGAUUUGACCUGGUGUUUUUCAGAGUUCCCGGUUGUCUUGAAAGCACCACAAGAUGCUGCAGCAGCAGCAGGUUUCAUGCUGUCUGACAGGUUUUCCGCUCCAAGUCUCUGUAUCUGUAUGCUGUACGGUGAUAAAUUAAGAUACAUAACGAAUAUACUGUGAUGCACGCACCAACUUAAUUCCACUAAAUUAUGCAAAUUAACCUAUAGACCGAUAAGCAAAUAUAUUUACAUCCACUGGUAUUUACAUCCAUUAAUAGGCUAGAAGUCUGUAUUUCGCAAUGUUAUAUAUAUUUUAUUUUAGGACAAUUUGCCUGCUUUUAUUUAUAGACAAAAAAAAUAUUACAAUCUGCCAAAAGCUGGCUAUUACCAGCUAACGGAAACCCUGACCCACACACACAUUAUGUUAUUCUAUCCUCGUGGGGACCAAAACAUUUAUUUCCAUUCAAAAUCCUAUUUCCCUAACCCUAAAUCUAACCCUAACCCUAAAUCUAACCCUAAGCCUAAUUGUAACCCUUACCCCUAAGCUUAAAAAUAGCCUUUGUCCUCAUGGGGACGUGGGAAAUGUCCCCACCAGGGAGAAUCUUCCUUGUUUUACUAUCCUCGUGGGGAUUUUAGGUCCCAACAAGGAUUGAAGAACCAACAGAAAACAAAAUGAAAACAAGCGUUUCUUAAUGGACUAGUUCUGAUUGCUUCCAUGAUUUCGUUACCAGUGAAUAGGCCUAAACCCUACUUGAUAUAGGCUGGCUGGGACAUCCUUGAAUUGCGUGCGCUUGAAUGUGUUAAUGGAUUUAAAUCUAAUCAAUUGAUGGAUCAUAACAGCUACUUGGUUAGUUAGUUAAUUGAUUGGCUGAUUGAUUGAUUGGUUAAUUAACAACCCCGGUGGGUUGUGUUCUUCUGCCAGGAACAUCUCUGAUGCCCAGAACUACCGUCCUGUAGAGGAUCUGUUCCGUAUUCACCUAUCUGAGAAGAAACGAGCCCGCAGGAUCCUAGAGCAGGUAACUCCCUCACACUACACGGGGCCCCCUGCAGCUCAGUGGGUAGAGCAUGGGUGGAGGAGGCAUGGGGGCCCCCUGCAGCUCAGUGGGUAGAGCAUGGGUGGAGGAGGCAUGGGGGCCCCCUGUAGCUCAGUGGGUAGAGCAUGGGUGGAGGAGGCAUGGGGGCCCCCUGUAGCUCAGUGGGUAGAGCAUGGGUGGAGGAGGCAUGGGGGCCCCCUGCAGCUCAGUGGGUAGAGCAUGGGUGGAGGAGGCAUGGGGGCCCCCUGUAGCUCAGUGGGUAGAGCAUGGGUGGAGGAGGCAUGGGGGCCCCCUGUAGCUCAGUGGGUAGAGCAUGGGUGGAGGAGGCAUGGGGGCCCCCUGUAGCUCAGUGGGUAGAGCAUGGGUGGAGGAGGCAUGGGGGCCCCCUGUAGCUCAGUGGGUAGAGCAUGGGUGGAGGAGGCAUGGGGGCCCCCUGUAGCUCAGUGGGUAGAGCAUGGGUGGAGGAGGCAUGGGGGCCCCCUGUAGCUCAGUGGGUAGAGCAUGGGUGGAGGAGGCAUGGGGGCCCCCUGUAGCUCAGUGGGUAGAGCAUGGCGCUUGCAAUGCCAGGGUUGUGGGUUCGUUUCCCACGGGGGGCCGGUAUGAAAAAUGUAUGCACUCACUUAACUGUAAGUCGCUCUGGAUAAGAGCGUCUGCUAAAUGACUAAAAUGUAAAUGUCCUUGUCCUGUACUAUUCUAGGUAUGUUAUGUCGUAAUGUAUUCUAGGUGUGUUAUGUCAUAAUGUAUUCUAGGUGUGUUAUGUCAUAAUGUAUUCUAGGUGUGUUAUGUCAUAAUGUAUUCUAGGUGUGUUAUGUCAUAAUGUAUUCUAGAUGUGUUAUGUCAUAAUGUAUUCUAGGUGUGUUAUGUCAUAAUGUAUUCUAGGUGUGUUAUGUCAUAAUGUAUUCUAGGUGUGUAAGGUCAUAAUGUAUUCUAGGUGUGUUAUGUCAUAAUGUAUUCUAGGUGUGUUAUGUCAUAAUGUAUUCUAGGUGUGUUAUGUCAUAAUGUAUUCUAGGUGUGUAAGGUCAUAAUGUAUUCUAGGUGUGUUAUGUCAUAAUGUAUUCUAGGUGUGUUAUGUCAUAAUGUAUUCUAGGUGUGUAAGGUCGGCUGCAAGGCGCCAGUAGCCAUGAUCUCUUCCUGUGGGAUGAUCCCAGGGAACCCUUACCCUAAAGGCAAACCCAGCCAGACCACUGGCACCUUCCCUGUAAGUAAUAUAACCUAACCUGUGUGUGUGUGUGUGUGUGUGUGUGUGUGUGCAACAUGUAAAGUGUUGAUCCCAUGUUUCAUGAGCUGAAAUAAAAGAUCCCAGAAUUUUUCCAUAGGCACAAAAAGCUUAUUUCUCUCAAAUUCUGUGCACAAAUUUGUUUACAUCCCUGUUAUUUAGCAUUUGUCCUUUGCCAAGAUAAUCCAUCCACCUGACAGGUGUGGCAUAUCAAGAAGCUGAUUAAACCGCAUGAUCAUUACACAGGUGCACCUUGUGCUGGGGACAAUAAAAGGCCACUCUAAAACGUGCAGUUUUGUCACACAACACAAUGCCACAGAUGUCUCAAGUUUUGAGGGAGCGUGCAAUUGGCAUGCUGACUGCAGGAAUGUCCACCAGUGCUGUUUCCAGAUAAUUGAAUGUUCAUUUCUCUACCAUAAGCCGUCUCCAAAAUCAUUUUAGAGAAUUUGGCAGUACAUCCAACCGGCCUCACAACCGCAGACAUUUGUAACCACGCCAGCCCAGGACCACAUCCGGCUUCUUCACCUGUGGGAUCGUCUGAGACCAGAUAAUGCAUGGGGCCGUGCAUUAUCAUGCUGAAACAUGAGGUGAUGGCGGCGGAUGAAUGGCACGACAAUGGGCCUCAGGAUCUCGUCACGGACAGCUGAUGAAACUGUGGGUUUGCACAACCAAAGAAUUUCUGCACAAACUGUCAGAAACCAUCUCAGGGAAGCUCAUCUGCGUGCUCGUCAUCCUCACCAGGGUCUUGACCUGACUGCAGUUCCGCGUCGUAACCGACUUCAUUGGGCAAAUGCUCACCUUCGAUGGCCACUGGCACGCUGGAGAAGUAUGCUCUUCACAGAUUAAUCCCGGUUUCAACUGUACCGGGCAGACGUGGGCGAGCAAUUUUCUGAUGUCAACGUUGUGAACGAACAGAAUUGCAUUUAAUUGAUGGCAAUUUAAAUGCACAGAAAUACUAUGACGAGAUCCUGAGGCCCAUUGUCGUGCCAUUCAUCCGCCGCCAUCACCUCAUGUUUCAGCAUGAUAAUGCACGGCCCCAUGUCACAAGGAUCUGUACACAAUUCCUGGAAGCUGAAAAUGUUCAAGUUCUUCCAUGGCCUGCAUACUCACUAGACAUGUCACCCAGUGAUCAUGUUUGGGAUGCUCUGGAUCGACGUGUACGACAGCGUGUUCCAGUUCCCGCCAAUAUCCAGCAACUUCACACAGCCAUUGAAGAGGAGUGGGACAACAUUCCACAGGCCACAAUCAACAGCCUGAUCAACUCUAUGUGAAGGAGAUGUGUCGCGCUGCAUGAGGUGGUCACACCAGAUACUGACUGGUUUUCUGAUCCAUGCCCCUACUUUUUUUUUAAAGGUAUCUGUGACCAACAGAUGCAUAUCUGUAAUCCCGGCCAAGUGAAAUUCAUAGAUUAGGGCCUAAUGAAUUUAUUUCAAUUGAUCUUCAUAGGCGUGUGUGUGUGUGUGUGUGUUUGUGUUUGUGUGUGUGUGUGUGUGUGUGUGUGUGUGUACUCAAUAACAUUGACUAAAAUGAAACUGACAACCAUUGACAGUAAGGCCAGACAAACUUGAUUUAAAGCGCUUUUCAGACACCCACCGGAAUAUCGCGUUUCCCCACUUGUCCCUCACACACGAGGGCCAUAGCUGCCGGUGACCAUAGCCACGAAAUAAAAUAACAUUAUCACAUGCGAAAAGUGAAUCGCUUUAACACCCAUAAGCAUGCAUAAAAAAUGUAUUUACGUGCAACAUAAAUGAUUCAUCCCAAAAUAGAUUGGAAAACAAUUAUUUGUCAUUGUUAAACGUGACGGUAAACUGAGUGUUAGCCAACCAGCCAGCUAGCAAGAGUGGGCAAGUUAGCUGGUCCUAGGGUUGCCAGGUCAAGCAAACAAUUCUAGCCCAAUGACCAGUCAAAACCUGCCCAAAAGGCCUGAAAACUAGCCCAAUUUGUUUUUUUGCACAGCAAGAGAGGAGUUGUCAUAUUUAUACGAUAAACCCUUUGUCCAUAACGUUAUCGAGCCAAUUAAGAAGGAAUACCUAACUUGCAAUAACGUUAGAAGCAAAAUUCAGGUUUCCUCAAAAUAAUAAUUAUUGCAAGCUAUGACAUGAUGUAAUCUCGCCAGAUCAUUUUCCAUCAAUGGACGUCGAUUUAACUUGUUUGACUGCUAUGAUUUAAGCAAUAAGGCACAAGGGGGUGUGGUAUAUGGCCAAUAUACCACAGCUAAGGGCUGUUCUUAAGCAUGACAUAUCGCGGAAUCGUUAGCCGUGGUAUACAGUGGGGAAAAAAAGUAUUUAGUCAGCCACCAAUUGUGCAUGUUCUCCAACUUAAAAAGAUGAGAGAGGCCUGUAAUUUUCAUCAUAGGUACACGUCAACUAUGACAGACAAAAUGAGGGAAAAAAAUCCAGAAAAUCACAUUGUAGGAUUUUUUAUGAAUUUAUUUGCAAAUUAUGGUGGAAAAUAAGUAUUUGGUCAAUAACAAAAGUUUCUCAAUACUUUGUUAUAUACCCUUUGUUGGCAAUGACACAGGUCAAACGUUUUCUGUAAGUCUUCACAAGGUUUUCACACACUUGCUGGUAUUUUGGCCCAUUCCUCCAUGCAGAUCUCCUCUAGAGCAGUGAUGUUUUGGGGCUGUCGCUGGGCAACACAGACUUUCAACUCCCUCCAAAGAUUUUCUAUGGGGUUGAGAUCUGGAGACUGGCUAGGCCACUCCAGGACCUUGAAAUGCUUCUUACGAAGCCACUCCUUCGUUGCCCGGGCGGUGUGUUUGGGAUCAUUGUCAUGCUGAAAGACCCUGCCACGUUUCAUCUUCAAUGCCCUUGCUGAUGGAAGGAGGUUUUCACUCAAAAUCUCACGAUACAUGGCCCCAUUCAUUCUUUCCUUUACACGGAUCAGUCGUCCUGGUCCCUUUGCAGAAAAACAGCCCCAAAGCAUGAUGUUUCCACCCCCAUGCUUCACAGUAGGUAUGGUGUUCUUUGGAUGCAACUCAGCAUUCUUUGUCCUCCAAACAUGACGAGAUGAGUUUAUACCAAAAAGUUAUAUUUUGGUGUCAUCUGACCAUAUGACAUUCUCCCAAUCCUCUUCUGGAUCAUCCAAAUGCACUCUAGCAAACUUCAGACGGGCCUGGACAUGUACUGGCUUAAGCAGGGGGACACGUCUGGCAAUGCAGGAUUUGAGUCCCUGGCGGCGUAGUGUGUUACUGAUGGUAGGCUUUGUUACUUUGUUCCCAGCUCUCUGCAGGUCAUUCACUAGGUCCCCCCGUGUGGUUCUGGGAUUUUUGCUCACCGUUCUUGUUAUCAUUUUGACCCCACGGGGUGAGAUCUUGCGUGGAGCCCCAGAUCAAGGGAGAUUAUCAGUGGUCUUGUAUGUCUUCCAUUUCCUAAUAAUUGCUCCCACAGUUGAUUUCUUCAAACCAAGCUGCUUACCUAUUGCAGAUUCAGUCUUCCCAGCCUGGUGCAGGUCUACAAUUUUGUUUCUGGUGUCCUUUGACAGCUCUUUGGUCUUGGCCAUAGUAGAGUUUGGAGUGUGACUGUUUGAGGUUGUGGACAGGUGUCUUUUAUACUGAUAACAAGUUCAAACAGGUGUCAUUAAUACAGGUAACGAGUGGAGGACAGAGGAGCCUCUUAAAGAAGAAGUUACAGGUCUGUGAGAGCCAGAAAUCUUGCUUGUUUGUAGGUGACCAAAUACUUAUUUUCCACCAUAAUUUGCAAAUAAAUUCAUUAAAAAUCCUACAAUGUGAUUUUCUGGAUUUUUUUUUCUCAAUUUGUCUGUCAUAGUUGACGUGUACCUAUGAUGAAAAUUACAGGCCUCUCUCAUCUUUUUAAGUGGGAGAACUUGCACAAUUGGUGGCUGACCAUAUACUUUUUUUCCCCACUGUAUUGGCCAUAUACCACAAACCCCCCGGGGUGCCUUAUUGCUAUUAUAAACUGGUUACCGACGUAAAUAGAACAGUAAAAAGUAAUGUUUUGCCCGUGGUAUAUGGUCUGAUAAAACACGGCUUUCAGCCCAAUCAGCAUUCAGGGCUCGAACCAGGUUUAUAAUUGUAAAUAAAUCCCCUUUGCACAUGUGCGUAACUAUAGAUACAUCCAACAGGAGAGUUUGAGGGAUGAAACCUCUGAGCAAGAAACACUUGGAUGAACAUAAAAAAAUUGCGAGAUUGACUUGUCAUUCUCAAUAGACAGGCUAAAGGCUAAAAUCUGGGUUUAUGAUUCUAAUAAAAUGUUGUCAUAGGCUACUUUCCUUUAUCCGAGCGAACUAUGGCUCCUGAUAGAUCAGAUAGUCUACAGUAGCCCUAGACAAGAUGCAAACUGAACUAUUUAGCAGUUUGCUUAGUUCGAAAUUGAUUCAACAUGAAUAGCGAGGCGAUAUCGCUGAUAAGAAGUGGUUGUCUUUCCCAAUAGCCUGCUGGAAUAGGCUACUUAGGAUGGGGGUCGUCAUUUCAAUCACUGAAUUAAAUAUUAAUAAUAUGUACAUGAACUGAAUAUGCUUGUCGACAACAGCAAGCGUUUAUAAUAACAAUAAAAUAAAAAGGUUUUUACCUGUAGCCUAAUCUGACUGUUACCAUCAAUCUAAUGCGUUCUAAUCAACUGAACUGCGAUUGCGAUAGAGCUUUGAUAACUUCCAAUUGAAUUAACUAAACAUGGCCAUUUUAAUAAUUGCAUAACAACACAAGGUUACAACAACAAACUGAAGUUAUAGGCUACUUAUUAAAUCAGUAUACCAGCUCCUGGUACAUUUACAUUUGAAAGAUGAGUCAUUUAGCAGACGCGCUUAUCCAGAGCCACUUACAGUAGUGAGCGCAUCUUCAUACUUUUAUUUUUUUUAUUUUUUUUGGUCUCAUACCGGUCCCCCUGUGGGAAUCGAACCCACAACCCUGGCGUUGCAAGCCAACUGAGCUACAGGGGACACCACGUGUAGCUCUACACAAGUGGCACAAACUGAUUUGCUCUGACUCCAGUGGUAUCGUCUUUUCAACAUUAUUUAUUCUCUAUCAAAUGGUAGCCCACAAUGGCAUAUACACGAAUAGGCUACUUGGUGGCCAACAAAGAGGCAAAUGUAUAAUUCUCCACAUUUAGCCCAAUGUCAGUUUCAUUGAGUACCGUUCCCCAAUAAAAAGAACCACGCGAGGCAGUUCCACAACUUCCAUUUAACAUUUCCACUCGGGCAGCCCCCCCGAGACCCAAAAACGGAGCAUGCAUAAAGCACUUCGCUUGAUACCGUUUUCUUUUAGCAAAGUCAACAUUAGAAUGCAGUUUAAACCACCUCCCGAGCGGAUUCCUGUAAUGAGCUCUAGUGCGCCCAAAGUCGUUUUCCGCUGCUUUUGUCUGCAUUAUUUCUUGAUGUGCAUCAGUUCUAGCGUAUUCAUAUGUUUUAUGGAAAAGGGUUUGGAAAUUUUACAACUGGUCAAAAGUUGCUCCUCUCGCUCAUUCAGCCAAUAACUGUAGUGCUCUCUCAACACACACACACACACACACACACACACACACACACACACUCCUCCGAUCCUCCCCACCACUCACUCACUCACUCACUCACUCACUCACUCACUCACUCCCUCAGCAACAGCCUGCCUUACUGCCUGACAGUCAGCAACAGGUCACAGUGAAAUAUAUAUUUUCACCCGCAACAUCGUUUUUCAAAGUACCGUAGCCCAAUUUUGCAGAAUCCUAUUUACUAGCGUCGGCUGAGCAUCUUCCACGAGCACUGCCGACCACUCCACCUGGAACCUGGGCCGCACGUUGUCUGUCAGUGGACCGGCUUGUGACAAUACUAUAGUAACCUUAGUUCGACACCUAGUGUAUGGAGCGAUUUCAAUGCCAACACAAAUUGUAUUUGAGUUCUAUAAUUUAGAAUUUGUAUUAGGAUUUUGUAUUAGCCUUAACCCAGUUAGACACGUGUUAACCUAAUUGACUUCCUGUGUGCCGGAGACUUGAAACUAGCACAUCUAACACAAACUAACACAUGUCAAACUUAACACGUCUUCAGGUCUCGGGCAACGUUCUCAUCACAUAAGCAUGAAUCACCAAACCACGCUCUUUUGACGAGUAACCUUGCUGGAUCUUAAAGACUUCUAUUAGUGUAACAGACGGGCAUCUGUGAAAACCCCUCAGCCUGAAGUGUUGCCACUUGCGUAAUUGAAGAAGGCCUUUUUUAACGGCGCGAUGGGCCUCAGGAGGGCGGUCACGUGUGUUUGCGAGGCAGAGGUCCUGAGUUCAAGUCUCGGUAUGAGCUGAAUCAGGGGGAAGCGGCACUCGUUAAGCAAGCAGCGUGUCAUCCUUUACAUGAACUUCCUGAACUUUUCCCCUAUAGGCUUUAGCUAAGUGGGCCAACACAGUCUUGCGACAUGCAGGAGACCUGCUUUGAACCCAGUCAGUCACAAGAGCAAGAUUAAAUAGGGAGUGGAAAGGCUAACCUUAGAAGGGCUAUGACAGAGCUAUUCAACUAUAUUCUUGUGGGGGUCAAAUUGUGUUUUGUGACACUCCCUUUCAACGCAGUCUGUGAUCCUCAUAGAGGGGAACAGAAGGCAUCUCCACGCUCCAGGGAGUCUCAGCUUUCAGGAAUGAGGUCAUAAUAGCUUAUAGCCAAAGCGGUUCACACGCUAGAGACAAAUUCAUAGGAAGAAAAUAAAUUGAACAUUCCUCAUUGGCUUCAGAAACUGCCAGAAGCUUGUGUUUACAACAGAGAUCUGUUCUCCUCUACCUUUCCUUGCUGGCUAAGUACCAGGAUGUUGUCUCUGGUUUUGAAUCUAAAUUUUAGAGAACUGAAUUUGAAAACUGAAUCUGAAUGCAUCUUAGAAGUUGAAUUAAUGAAACUUUGAUCAACUUGAAAUGAUAGUGUGUAAACUUGAUACACAGACAAUGAAUGAAAUAUUUAACAUAUUGACUAUAUACACCGUUCAUCAUUGAAAGUUUGUCGUGGCCGAGUCUGAAACUGUUCGGUUUCCAUAAUCAAAGAGGAAGUUGUGUAUCUCUACUUGAUACUUGAGGACAUUUUGUUUUUGCUACUUUUCAGAUUUUUUUUUUUUUCUUCUGAGAAAUGUGAAGGGCAUCCGUUAAACAGUAAAUCAACUUUGUAUGGCCUAAUUUUAACAUUUUAUAAAUGGUCAAUACAGUAUCAUCAUUGAGAUGACGCACCAACCAUUUUGUUUUCUAUUUCUCCUGUCAGGGAACUGCUGCUAAGAAGGAGGGAGAGGAGACCCCUGCCAACACGGAGGGGAAAGGCAUCGCCGCACGCAUUAUUGGACCGUUCAAACCAGUAAGGACCAGGCUGUACUUCCACACUCAACCACUAGGUGGAGCUCUCUAUAUCAAAACAAGUCUGAAACAAGUCCCAAAUGGCACCCUAUUCCCUACAUAGUGCACUACUUUAGACCAGAGAAUGGUACCCUAUUCCCUACAUAGUGCACUACUUUAGACCAGAGAAUGGCACCCUAUGGCCCCCCCUUAACCCCCCUAUAUAGUGCACUACUUUAGACCAGAGAAUGGUCAACCCUAUUCCCUAUAUAGUGCACUACUUUAGACCAGAGAAUGGCACCCUAUUCCCUAUAUAGUGCACUACUUUAGACCAGAGAAUGGCACCCUAUUCCCUAUAUAGUGCACUACUUUAGACCAGAGAAUGGCACCCUAUUCCCUAUAUAGUGCACUACUUUAGACCAGAGAAUGGCACCCUAUUCCCUAUAUAGUGCACUACUUUAGACCGGGCCCAUAGGGAAUAGGGUAUCAUUUGGGACGAGGCCUGAAUGAUCCAUUUGACCAUUGGAGAGAGAUCACCUUAGACUAAAUCUGUUUACAAGAUGUUUGUAAAAACUGUAGCUCAGCUGGUAGAGCACGCCGCUUGUAACGCCAAGGUAGUGGGUUCGAUCCCCGGGACCACCCAUACACAAAAAUGUAUGCACGCAUGACUGUAAGUCGCUUUGGAUAAAAGCGUCUGCUAAAUGGCAUAUUAUUAUUAUUAUUAUUAUUACAACAGUUAAAAGUUGAAUUGACCCACUGUGAGAUUUAGUUUUCUGUUUCAGGAAGUGAGAUGAAUUAUUUAGAUUGGUCAGUGAAUAAAAGAGUGUAAUUGACUCUUUUUGUUCUUCCUCUCUUCCAGGCUCCGUCGUCCUACAACCCUCAGCGGCCGGUGCCCUACCCCAUCCCCCCCUGCAGACCUCACGCCACCAUCGCACCAAGUAAGACCACCUUACUGCUCAACACCUACCAUAACACAGACCGCCUGUACGGCGAACACUACCAUCAACACAGACCUCCUUGAAUAAACAACACCUACCAGACACAGCUCCUUAAUAAACACCACCUCCAUAACACAGACCACCCCUAAUAACCAACACCUACCAUAAGCACAGACCCACCUUAAAUAAACAACCACCUACCAUCACACAGACCUCCUUUAAUAAAAAAACACCUACCAUACCACAUACCUCCUUAAUACGCAACACUACCUAAACACAGACCUCGAUUAAUACUCAACCUACAUAACACAUACUCCCUUAAUACUCAACACCUCCCAUAACACAGACCUCCUUAAUCAAAACACCUUCCCAUAACACAGACCUCUUAAUAAACAACAGACCACCUAAUACUAACACCUACCAUUAACCACAUACCUCCUUAUGCUUCUAACACCUACCAUAACACAGACCUCCUUAAUAAACAAAACACUACCAUAAACACCAGACCACUUAAUACUCCACACCUACCAUAACACAGACCUCCUUACUGCCUCCAACACCUACCCUACACAGACCACUUAAUACUCAACACCUACCAGAACACCGACCUCCUUACUGCCCUUCAAAAAACACCUACCAUUAACACAGACCUCCUUACUGCUCAACACCUCCCAUAACAAGCCCUCUUACAUAAAACAACACCUACCAUAACACCGACCACCUUAUAAAAAACACCCUACAAUAACAACAGACCACUUAAAUAAACCCCCACCUACCAUAUACACAGACCACCUUAAUACUCAAACACCUACUCAUAACACAGACCUCUUUAAUACUCAACAACACACCAUCACCCCAGACCUCCUUAAUAAACAACCACCUACCAUAAACAUCAGACCACCUUACUGCUUCAAAACCUACCAUAACACAGGACCACUUACUAACAAUACACCUACCAUAACACCGACCACCGUAAAGACUCAACCCCUACCAUAAACACAGACCUCCUUACUACUCAAACCUCCCAUAACGCAGACCCCUAAUAAACAACACACCUACCAUUAACACAGACCUCCUUAAUAAACACCAACACCUACCAUAAAACCAAAGACCUCUUAAUACUCAACACCUACCAUAAACCACAGACCUCCUUAAUAAACAAACACCUUUACCCAUAACCCCGACCACCUUAAUACUCAACCCAUACCAAUAACACAGACAUCCUUAAUAAACAACACUACCAUACACACAGACCUCCUUACUUGACCUCAAACACUACCAUAAACACAGCCCCGCCUUAAUAUCAACACCUACCCUAACACAUACCUCCCUUACUAAAACAACCACCUACCAUAAACAGACCUCCUAAUAAACAACACAGACCCCCUUAAUUACUCAACCCCUAACCAUAACACAGACCUCCUUGUACUGAUCAAACACCUACCUAACCACAGACCUCCUCUACUGCCUAAACACCUACCAUAAACACAGACCUCCUUUACUGCUCAACACCUUACCAUACAACACAGACUCCUUAAAUAAACCCAACACCUACCAUAACACAUACCUCCUUAAUACUCAACACCUACCAUAACAACAGACCUCCUUAAUACACACACUACCAUACCCCAGACCACUUACUGCUCAAACACCUACCAUAACACAGACACCUUAAUAAACACCACCUACCAUAAACACAGACCACCUAAUACUCAACCACCCUUAAAACCAUAACACCGACCCCCUUAAUACUCAACACCUACAUAAACAAGACCUCCUUUAAUAAAACAACACUACCAUAAACACAGACCACCUUACUGCUUCAAAAACCCACCUACCAUACCACAGACCACCUUAAUUAAACACACCUACCAUAACACAGACCACCUUAAUAUCAACACCUACCAUAAACACCGACCUCCUUAAUACUCAACACCUACCAUAACGCAGGACCCUUCCUUACUAAACAACACCCUACUAAACACGACCACCUUAAUCAAAACACUACCAUAACAAGACCUCCUUAAUAAACAACACCUACCAUAACACAGGACCUCCCUUAAUAAACAAAAACACCUACCCAUAACCACAGACCUCCUUAUGCGCUCAACACCUAUCCAUAGCACAGACCCUCCUUAAUAAAACACACACCUACCAUAACACAGACCACCUUAAUACUCAACACCUACCUACCACAGACCCCUUCAUAAACAACACCUACCAUAACACCGACCACCUUAAUAUCAACCACCUACCAUAACAUAUACCUCCUUACUACUUAACACCUUACCAUAAAACACAGACCACCUUAAUAAACAACACUAUCCAUAACGCAGACCACCCUUAAUAAACCACACCUACCAUCACGCAGACACCUAAUCAACAAAACCUAGCAUCCCACAGGACCUCCUUACUGCCUCAACACACCUACCAUAACACGACCUCUUACUAAAACACCUACCAUAACACAGACCUCCUUAAUAAACAACACCUACCCAUAACACCGGAACCUCCUUAAUAAAACCAAAACCUAACCCCAUUAACCACGACCACCUUCAUAACACAAACACCUACCAUAACACAGACCCACCUUUAAUACUCAACCCUACCUCACACCGACCACCUUAAUAAAACAACACCUCCCAUAACAAGACCACCUUAAUUUAAAAAAAACACCUACCCUAACACCGACAACCUUAUACUCAACACUACCAUACCACGACCUCCUUAAUAAAACAACACCUCUUACAUAAACACAGGGACACCUCAAUAAACAACACCUACCCUUAAACACCGACCUCCCUUACUCUCAAACACCUACCAUAACACAGGACCACCUUAAUACUUCAACACCUACCAUAAACACAGACCCUUACUGCUCACCACCACCUCCAUAACACAGACCUAUUCUGCUCAACACCUACCAUAACACCGACCCUCCUUAAUAAAACAACACUACCCAUAACACAGAACCACCUUAAUAAAACAACACCUACCAUAACACAGACCACCCUUAAUAAAAACAACUACCAUAACACCGACCACCUUAAUAUCAAACACCUACCAUAACACAGACCUUCCUUAAUACUCAUACACCUACCAUAAACAGACCUCCUUAAUAUAAACAACACAUACAUAACACAGACCACCUGACUGCUCAACACCUACCAUUAACCACAGACCACUAAUAACAACACCUACCACUAACACAGACCACCUUCCUAUCAAACCCCUACCAUAACCACAGACCUCCUUAAUACUCAACACCUACCUAAAGCGACCACCGUCAUAAACAACACCUACCCUAAACACCAGACCUCUUACUAAAACACACACCUACCAUAACACAGACCUCCUUCAUACGCAACACUACCAUCAACACAGACCCUCUUAAACAAACAACACCUACCAUAACACAGAACCACCUAAUACUCAACACCUACCAUAACACAGGGACCUCCUUAAUAAACACAACACCUACCAUAACACAGGACCUCUCAUUCACUGCUCAACACCUACCAUAACACAGACUCCUUAAUACUCAACAACUACCAUAAACACAUACCUCCUAAUUAAACAACACCUACCCUAACAAGACCUCCUAAUAAACAACCAAGGACCACCUUAAUACCAACACAUACCCAAUAACACCAGGACCUUCCUUACUGCUCAACACCUUAACAUACCCAGGACCUCCUUUACUGCUCAACACCUACCAUAACACAGGGGGACCUCCUUACUGCUCAACCCCUACCAUAACACCGACUCCUUACUAAACACACACCUUACCAUAACACCACACCUCUUACUACUCAACACCCUACCAUAAACAACAGGACCUCCUUAAUAAACAACACCCUACCAUAACACAGACCACCUUACGCUCAACACCUACCAUAACACAGACCACCUUAAAUAAACAACCACCUACCAUACACCAGACCACCUUAAUACUCCAACCUACCAUAAACACAGACCUCCUUAAUAUCAACACCUACCCUAACACAGCCCUCCUUAAUAAACACCACCUCCAUCAAACAGAGCACCUUACUGCUCCACCACCACCAUAACACAGACCACCUUAAUACACACCACUCCCAUAACACAGACCACCUUAAUACUCAACACCUACCAUAACACAGACCUCCUUAAUACUCAACACCUACCAUAACGCAGACCUCCUUAAUUAAACAACCCCCCCCCCCCCCCCCCCCCAACACCUACUAAACCACAGACAACCCUUAAUAACAACACCUACCAUAACACAGACCUCUUUUAAUAAACCACCCUACCAUAACCACAGACCUCCUUAAUAAACAAACCACCAUACCACAGACAUUCCUUACUGCUCAAACACCCUACACUAGCACAGACCUCCUUAAUACACAACACCUACCAUAACACAGACCACUUCUAACUCAACACCUACAUAACACAGACCUCCUUAAUAAAAAAACCUACCAUACACACAGACCACCUUAAUAUCAACCCUACCAUUAACAAACCUCCUUAAUACUUUAACACCUACCAUAACACCAUUACCACACCUUAAAUAAACCAAACACCUACCCUAACGCAGACCACCUAAUAAAACAACACCUACCAUAACGCAGACCACCUUAUAAACAACACACCUAGCUAUACCACAGGACCUCCUUUACUGCUCAACACCCUACCAUAACCAGACCUCCUUAAUAAACACCUUACCAUAACACAGACCUACUUAAUAAACAAACCACCUCCUCUACCAUAACACAGACCUCAUUAAUAAACAAAACCUACAUAACACAGGACCACCUUAAAUAAAACAACACCUACAUAACACAGACACCUUAAUACUCAAAAAACCUACCAUAACACAGGACCACCUUAAUAAAAACAACACCCUACCAUAAACACAGACCCCUUAAUUAACAACCACCCUACCAUAAACCAACCGACACCUUAAUACUCAACACCUACCAUAACACAGCCUCCUAAUAAACAACCACCUACCAUAACAACCAAGGACCACCUUAAUAAACAACACCUACCAUACACAGGACCUCUUAAUACUCAAACACCCUACCAUAACACAGACCACCUUAAUAAAACAACACCUACCAUAACACCAGACCACCUUUAAUAAACAACAUUUUCCUACAUAACACAGACCUCCUUCAAUAAAUCCACACCUCUUCCCAUAACACAGACCAUCCUUACUACUCAACACACCCCACCAUAACACAGACCCCCUUAAUAAAACAACACCGACAUUCACACAGACCACCUUAAUACUCAACACCUACCAGUUAACAACACAGACCUCGUUGAAUAAAACAAAACACCCUACCAUAAACACCGACCCUCCUUAAUAAACAACACCUACCAUACACAGACCCCUUAAAAAACAACACCCUACCUAACACAGACCACCUUAAAAUACUCAACACUACCAUAAACACAGACCUCCUAAUAACCACACCUACCAUAACACAGACUCCUUAAUAUACACAACACUACCAUAACCCAGGACCACCCUAAUAAAACAACACCCUACCAUAACACAGACCCCUUACCCUUAAUACUCAAAACCUACCAUAACACAGACCCCUAAUAAUUAAACAACACCUACCAUACACAGACCUCCUUAUAAAACAACACCUACCAUAACCCAGACCUCCUUUAAUACUCAACACCUACAUAAACAGACCACCUUAAUAACCAAACACCUACCAUAACACAGACCUCCUUAAUAAACAACAACCUACCAUAACACAUACCUCCUUAAUAAACAACACCUACCAUAACACAGACCUCCUUACUAAUAAACACCUACAUAAACACAGACCUCCUUAAUAAACAACACCUACCAUAACACAAGACCUCACUACUAAACAAAACCUACCAUAACACAGACACCCUUCAUACUCAACCCUACCAUAAACAGACCACCUUUCAUAUCAACACUACCAUAAACACAGACCCACCUAAUAAACAAACACCUACCAUUAAACAGCACCACCUUAAUAACAAACACCUACCAUAACACAGACCACCUUAAUACUCAACACCUACCAUAACACAGACCUCCUUAAUAACUCAACAACCAACCAUAACCACAGGACACCUAAUAAACAACACCUACCAUAACACGACCUCCUCAAUACUCAACACCUACCAUAACACAGACCCCCCUUAAUAAACAACACCUACCAUACCACCAGACCACCUUAAUAAACAACCCCAACCAUAACACAGACCACCUUAAUAAACCAACACCUACCAUAACACCAGACCACCUUCAUCCUCAAACACCUACCAUAACACAGACCUCCUUAAUACACAAACACCUUACAUAACACAGACCUUCCCUUAAUAAACAACACCUACCAAACACAAGACCACUUAAUACUCAACACCUACAUACAGACCUCCUUAAUUAACAACACACCUACCAUAACACAGAACCUCUUAAUUAAACAACACCUACCAUAAACACAGACCACCUUAAUAAACAACAACCUACCCUAACACAUACCUCCUUAAUAAACAACACAUACCAACACAGACCCCCUUAAUAACAAACACCUACCCUACCAUACCUCCUAUUUAAUAACACCAUUACCAUAACACAGACCUCCUUUUAAUAAACAACACCUACCAUAACAAGACCACCUUAAAUACUCAACACUACCAUAACACAGACCCUCCUUAAUUAACAACACCUACAUAACACAGACCACCCUUAAUUACUCAACACCUACCAUAAACCACAGACCUUCUUUCUAAACAACACCUAACCCUAACAGACCCACCUUAAUAAACAACACCUACCAUAACAGACCACCUUAAUAAACCACCACCUCCAUAAACAGACCUCAUUAAUAAAACAAACACUACCAUAACACAGACCACCUUCAUAAACAACACUACCAUAACCACAGACCACCUUAAUUAACAACACCUACCAUAACACAGACCUCCUUAAUACACAACACCUACCAUAACACAGACCUCCUUAAUAAACAACACCUACCAUAACACAGACCUCCUUAAUAAACAACACCUACCAUAACACAGACCUCCUUAAUAAACAACACCUACCAUAACACAGACACCUUAAUAAACAACACCUACCAUUAAAACACAGCUCUCCUUAAUACUCUCAAACACCUACCCUAACACAGACCUCCUUAAACUCACGCCUUACCCCAUAACACAGACCACCUUAAUAAACAACACCUACCAUAACACAGACCACCUUAAUAAACAACACCUACCAUAACACAGACCACCUUAAUACUCAACACCUACCAUAACACAGACCUCCUUAAUAAACAACACCUACCAUAACACAGACCUCCUUAAUAAACAACACCUACCAUAACACAGACCACCUUAAUAAACAACACCUACCAUAACACAGACCACCUUAAUACUCAACACCUACCAUAACACAGACCACCUUAAUAAACAACACCUACCAUAACACAGACCUCCUUAAUAAACAACACCUACCAUAACAAAGACCACCUUAAUAAACAACACUUACCAUAACACAGACCUCCUUAAUAACAACACCUACCAUAACACAGACCUCCUUAAUUAACAACACCUACCAUAACACAGACCACCUUAAUAAACAACACCUACCAUAACCAUCUUACUGACAAGACAGACCAACCACAACAUUGACCGUGUGCAGUAGAUCACAAUAAAACAUCUAGAAUUGUCGGGAAAGGAACAGAAAAUGUGGUGAGAGGUGAUAGGACGACCACUCGCUGAGCACGGCCAAUGUUCCUGUUGGUCCGUCUCGCCCUUAACGUAGACCUCCUCACCUCAGUACCUUCUGCCUUCUGUAACAGAUAACAGAGAGAUCAGGAAAGGAAGGAGAGAGUGGUAGUCUUAACUCCACGUGGUCCUCUGUAGCUCAGCUGGUAGAGCGCGGCGCUUGUAACGCCAGGGUAGUGGGGUUCGAUCCCCGGGACCACCCAUACGUAAAAAUGUAUGCACACAUGACUGUAAGUCGCUUUGGAUAAAAGCGUCUGCUAAAUGGCUUAUUAUUAUUAUUAUUAUUAUUAUUAUAUUAUUAUUAUAUCUGAGUUCUGUACCUCUCAGGAUGCUCUGAGUUCAAACAGACAUCAGCCUUGACGUGGCACAGUAGGGUGUGUGUGUGUGUGUGUGUGUGUGUGUGUGUGUGUGUGUGUGUGUGUGUGUGUGUGUGUGUGUGUGUGUGUGUGUGUGUGUGUGUGUGUGUGUGUGUGUGUGUGUGUGUGUGUGUGUAGCAGUGUGUGUGUGUGUGUGUGUAGCAGUGUGUGUGUAGCAGUGUGUGUGAGUGUGUGUGUGUAGCAGUGUUAAUGUGUUGCCAUGCGUCUCAGGUAGGUACAACAACGCAGGGCUGGUAUCAGUGGGCGGGGUCAUUACGUCCAGCGUUCUACCCCCACCCUACAGCGCCAGCACCAAGUCCACAGGUACGACCGGGGGGUGAGGGUGUGUGGGACAGAGAGAGAGAUAGAGAGACUGUGUGUUGGUGUGUGAGAGAGAGAGAGAGAGGGUCUGUGUGUGUGUGUGUGUGUGUGUGUGUGCGCGCCUGCCUGCGUGUGUGUGUGAGAAUUGGCAUCUCUCUUAGCUUGCUGCCUAACCUCCUGGCUUAUCUGCACUUGUCAGAGGAAGCUAUCAUUGGAACUGUAAAGAUCAGUCUGUCUGUAUGUAUCCCUUACAUCUCCAUUGCUACCAGCUUCACCACCACCAACUGUGCUAGGUGGAGGGAGAAAUGACAUGGAGGGUUAUUAAUUAACCAGCUGACACAGUGUCUUAGACCUCACUUCUCUGUUUCCUGUUUCCUGUUCUAAUAGAAGGUUAUUAAUUAACCAGCUGACACAGUGUCUUAAACCUCACUUCUCUGUUUCCUGUUUCCUGUUUCCUGUUCUAAUAGAAGGUUAUUGGAUAACCAACUGACACAGUGUCUUAGACCUCACUUCUCUGUUUCCUGUUUCCUGUUCUAAUAGAGGGUUAUUGGUUAACCAGCUGACACAGUGUCUUAGACCUCACCUCUCUGUUUCCUGUUUCCUGUUCUAAUAGAGGGUUAUUAAUUAACCAGCUGACACAGUGUCUUAGACCUCACCUCUCUGUUUCCUGUUUCCUGUUCUAAUAGAAGGUUAUUGGUUAACCAGCUGACACAGUGUCUUAGACCUCACCUCUCUGUUGCCUGUUUCCUGUUCUAAUAGAAGGUUAUUAAUUAACCAGCUGACACAGUGUCUUAGACCUCACUUCUCUGUUUCCUGUUUCCUGUUCUAAUAGAGGGUUAUUAAUUAACCAGCUGACACAGUGUCUUAGACCUCACCUCUCUGUUUCCUGUUUCCUGUUCUAAUAGAAGGUUAUUGGUUAACCAGCUGACACAGUGUCUUAGACCUCACCUCUCUGUUUCCUGUUUCCUGUUUACUGUUCUAAUAGAAGGUUAUUGGAUAACCAGCUGACACAGUGUCUUAGACCUCACUUCUCUGUUUCCUGUUUCCUGUUCUAAUAGAGGGUUAUUGGUUAACCAGCUGACACAGUGUCUUAGACCUCACCUCUCUGUUUCCUGUUUCCUGUUUACUGUUCUAAUAGAAGGUUAUUGGAUAACCAGCUGACACAGUGUCUUAGACCUCACUUCUCUGUUUCCUGUUUCCUGUUCUAAUAGAGGGUUAUUGGUUAACCAGCUGACACAGUGUCUUAGACCUCACCUCUCUGUUUCCUGUUUCCUGUUCUAAUAGAAUGUUAUUGGAUAACCAGCUGACACAGUGUCUUAAACCUCACUUCUCUGUUUCCUGUUUCCUGUUCUAAUAGAAGGUUAUUGGUUAACCAGCUGACACAGUGUCUUAGACCUCACCUCUCUGUUUCCUGUUUCCUGUUCUAAUAGAGGGUUAUUGGUUAACCAGCUGACACAGUGUCUUAGACCUCACCUCUCUGUUUCCUGUUUCCUGUUCUAAUAGAAGGUUAUUGGUUAACCAGCUGACACAGUGUCUUAGACCUCACCUCUCUGUUUCCUGUUUCCUGUCUUAGGCCUCACCUCUCUGUUUCCUGUUUCCUGUCUUAGACCUCACCUCUCUGUUUCCUGUUUCCUGUUCUAAUAGAAGGUUAUUGGUUAACCAGCUGACACAGUGUCUUAGACCUCACCUCUCUGUUUCCUGUUUCCUGUCUUAGGCCUCACCUCUCUGUUUCCUGUUUCCUGUCUUAGACCUCACCUCUCUGUUUCCUGUUCUAAUAGAGGGUUAUUGGUUAACCAGCUGACACAGUGUCUUAGACCUCACCUCUCUGUUUCCUGUUUCCUGUUCUAAUAGAGGGUUAUUGGUUAACCAGCUGACACAGUGUCUUAGACCUCACCUCUCUGUUUCCUGUUUCCUGUUCUAAUAGAAGGUUAUUGGUUAACCAGCUGACACAGUGUCUUAGACCUCACCUCUCUGUUUCCUGUUUCCUGUCUUAGACCUCACCUCUCUGUUUCCUGUUUCCUGUUCUAAUAGAAGGUUAUUGGUUAACCAGCUGACACAGUGUCUUAGACCUCACCUCUCUGUUUCCUGUUUCCUGUCUUAGACCUCACCUCUCUGUUUCCUGUUUCCUGUUCUAAUAGAGGGUUAUUGGUUAACCAGCUGACACAGUGUCUUAGACCUCACCUCUCUGUUUCCUGUAUCCUGUUCUAAUAGAAUGUUAUUGGUUAACCAGCUGACACAGUGUCUUAGACCUCACCUCUCUGUUUCCUGUUUCCUGUUCUAAUAGAAGGUUAUUGGUUAACCAGCUGACACAGUGUCUUAAACCUCACCUCUCUGUUUCCUGUUCUAAUAGAAGGUUAUUGGUUAACCAGCUGACACAGUGUCUUAGACCUCACCUCUCUGUUUCCUGUUCUAAUAGAAGGUUAUUGGUUAACCAGCUGACACAGUGUCUUAAACCUCACCUCUCUGUUUCCUGUUCUAAUAGAAGGUUAUUGGUUAACCAGCUGACACAGUGUCUUCAACCUCACCUCUCUGUUUCCUGUUCUAAUAGAAGGUUAUUGGUUAACCAGCUGACACAGUGUCUUCAACCUCACCUCUCUGUUUCCUGAUCUAAUAGAAUGUUAUUGGAUAACCAGCUGACACAGUGUCUUAGACCUCACCUCUCUGUUUCCUGUUUCCUGUGUCCUGUUCUAAGUGGAAAUAAUGAUAACAAACUAGAUAACGCAAAUACUCAUCAGGUUCGAGUCUCAUGGCACCCUAUUCCCUCUAUAGUGCACUAUAUUUGACGAGAGUCCUAUGUGCCUUGGUUAAAAGUAGUGCACUAUAUAGGCAAUAGGGUGUCAUCUGAUACACUAUAUAGGGAAUAGGGUGCCAUCUGAUACACUGUUCUGGCUUGCUGGCUGAAGGGGGGGGGGUUGCUAGGCUACAGUCGGUAGCGUUCUGGCUGCUUCCUGCUUGCUCACUCACUCUCUCUCUCUCUCUUAAUGCACAAUAAAUACAGUUAAAAGAAGAUGGAAUAUGAUAGCCUACUGUUAGGAGUUGUCUUCUAGCCUGGUCCCAGAUCUGUUUAUGUUACGCCAAUCACUAUAGCGGUUGUCAAGAUGACCAAACAGAUCUGGGACCAGUUACGCCAAUCACUAUAGCGGUUGUCAAGAUGACCAAACAGAUCUGGGACCAGGCUAGUUGUCUUGUUGCCUGAAAUCCAAACCUGUUUUGUGCUAACAUUCCACAAUGUUUGGCAUAUGACACAGAGUCGCAAGGAGUGGAUUGUUGCCACAAACAGAUCUGGUACCAGGCUAGCUUGUGUUAUUAAUCUUGAUGUUUUUCUGUGUCUCCAGGCUACGCCAGACCUGCCAAUCAACAACAGCACCCCGUCACAGGUGUCAACUCCACGGCCCUCCCAUCUCCCCUCGGCUCCGCCCCAGUCCCUCCCCUGCCCUCCCCCUCUCACCCCACCCCCACCACCCCCAUCACCCCUGUGUUCCCUGGCAAGGUCCCCUCCCAGAACCCUCUAGCCCCCUCCCCCGCCCCCUCUCCCUCCGUCAUCAAAGGGGGUCCCCUCCCAUCCGGUUCCCCCCACCUGCCCCCCACCACCCCCUCCGUCAUUAAGGCUCACACCCCGUCAGGUACCCCCUCCGGUACCCCCGGUCCCCACCACCCAGGGGCGUUCUCCUCCUCUCCCUUCCAUGCCGGUGCCUCUCGGUCAGACACCCCGACCCCAAGGACUCCCCUCCCUGACCCCCUCCCUCAGGGUACCCCUGUGGGCCUUCCUCAGUACAGCCCCCAGACAGGCCCUGCCUUCCCUGGCCUGCCCGCAUACCAGACCACCCCGUCUGGGUCAGUGAUCCGCAGCUAUCCCCCGUCCUCCACCUCGGCCCCCAGCCCCAAGCCCUCCCCGGCCCUGUCCGGCCAGGCCCAGGCGUCCUUCUACAGCGAGCAGCACCGCGGCCCAUUGGCUAGAACCGGAGGGGGGACAGGCAGUGGCAGUAACAGCCCAGUCCCCUCUGCCUUUAAAGGCCCUUCCCGUGCGGGUACUCCCUCCCUCAGCUCUCUGGUGAUGCCUGGUGGAUCAGCAGCCCUAGCCCGCUCCCUGGCUCUGUCCCACCCCUCUGCAUCCCCACAGGGCUCCCUCCCCAGCCCUGCUGCUAUGGCCAGCCUCCAGGCCCUCUCCUCAGGCCCGGCUACCCCCCACUACCCCGGCCUCUCCCCCUUCCCCUCCCCUGUCCUCCAUGACCCCCACCUCCCACCCCCAGACCUCCAUGGCCUACCCAGGCCUGGCUCACAGCGUAACCCCAAGCGGAGCCUCUCCCUUUGGGAUGGGUCUGACCACCGCCCCUUCUAUCUUCCCGGGGCUGGCUCCAGGGCCCAGUCCGGGGGGGUUUCCAGGGUUUGGGGGUUCAGGGGGACCGGGGGCGGGGAGCCCCGUCCUGUCCUCCUUCAUGGGUGCCGGGGCGUCCGUAGCAACCGUAGCCCCUCUCCAUUCGGCGGCGGCCGUGGCGGCGGCAGGAGGUCCGUCCUCCUCUCCCGUUCUACCAGGCUUCGCCUCUGCUUUCAGCUCCAACUUCCAGCCUGGGUGAGAGAGAGACAGUGUGUGUGUGUGUGUGUGCCUGCCUGCCUGCCUGCGUCCCCGAGCCGGUAUGACAGUUUUCUACGUGCGUGUUUCAGCAUUGUGACUGAUUUUUAAAGAAUGUGAUGACAUUUUCUAGAUCGUUACAGAUGGAGAAUGCGAACAAUGUCCCUUGAUGCUUUAGAUAAAACCCUAAUCUCAGAACUCAGGUCCGAGUGAUCAUGUAACUAGAUACUAUUAACCUUAACCCUACUGGGUGGGAAAUGACUUUUUUUAGCUGUAAACCGUCCAGUAAUGAUUUAUACUAGCUUUAGAAACAUAUGACUCUAUACACUACCUGACCAAAAGUAUGUGGACACCUUGCUUGUCGAACAUCAUUCCACAAUCAUGGGCAUUAAUAUGGAGUUGGUCCCCCCUUUGCUGCUAUAACAGCCUCCACUCUUCUGGGAAGGCUUUCCACUAGAUGUUGGAACAUUGCUGCGGGGACUUGCUUCCAUUCAGCCACAAGAGCAUUAGUGAGGUUGGGCACUGAUGUUGGGCGAUUAGGCCUGGCUCGUAGUUGGCGUUCCAAUUCAUCCCAAAAAUUGGGGUUGAGGUCAGGGCUCUGUGCAGGCCAGUCAAGUUCUUCCACACCGAUCUCUACAAACCAUUUCGUUAUGGACUGUCGGACUGCCAGAUGGUGAUUCAUCACUCUAGAGAACGUGUUUCCACUGCUCCAGAGUCCAAUGGCGGCGAGCUUUACACCACUCCAGCUGACGCUGUUCGGCCAUGGAAACCCAUUUCAUGAAGCUCCCGACGAACAGUUAUUGUGCUGACGUUGCUUCCAGAGGCAGUUUGGAACUCUGUAGUGAGUGUUGCAACCGAGGACAGACGAUUGUUACGCGCUACGGACUUCAGCACUCGGCGGUCCCGUUCUGUGAGCUUGUGUGGCAUACCACUUCACGGCUGAGCCGUUGUUACUCCUAGACGUUUACACUUCACAAUAACAGCACUUACAGUUGACCAGGGCAGCUCUAGCUGGGCAGAAAUUUGAUGAACUGACUUGUUGGAAAGGUGGCAUCCUAUGACGGUGCCACGUUGAAAGUCACUGAGCUCGUCAGUAAGGUCAUUCUACUGCCAGUGUUUGUCUAUGGAGAUUGCAUGGCGGUGUGUUCGAUUUUAUACACCUGUCAGCAACGGGUGUGGCUGACAUAGUCGAGUCCACUCAUUUGAAGGGGGUGUCCACAUACCAAUGUAUCUGUGGAUGUGUCAGUCUAGAGAACUUUAUCCUAGAGAACUGUAUCAGUGGAUGGGUCAGCCUAGAGAACGGUAUCAGUGGAUGGGUCAGCCUAGAGAACUGUAUCAGUGGAUGGGUCAGCCUAGAGAACUGUAUCAGUGGAUGGGUCAGCCUAGAGAACUGUAUCAGUGGAUGGGUCAGCCUAGAGAACGGUAUCAGUGGAUGGGUCAGCCUAGAGAACGGUAUCAGUGGAUGGGUCAGCCUAGAGAUAACUCUGUGGAACCUCAUGCCAAUGAUUCCGACUAUAUACCAUACAUGGAGGUUCUGUCACAACUGGCACCCUAUUGGCUACAUAGUGCACUACUAUACCCAUGGUUUAAUGUAGUGCACUAUAAAGGGAAUAUGGUGCUAUUUGGGACUCAAGCAGAGUGGCUGAUAUACAGGGUACAAGUCAUCUCUACUACUUCCCAUUAGGUCUUUUACAACAUCAUCAUUAUAACACUGUCCGAAGUCCAGCUCCUCUGUUUUAUAACAGCAUUUAGUAAGUAGUCAUGGUUUAUGAUGCUAGUCUAUCUCCUGUUUCUGUAGUGAGACAGCUUGAUGUACAGUACACCCCCUGGACAGGACACUAGUAUAUUUCCCUAAAUCUAUCUCCUUAAUGCUGAGUGCCAAGCAGAGAUUUAUUUUUUAGUUUAGUUUAUUUGCACAUUGUCAAAGUACAGCUCUUCCUCUGCAACAGUGUUCGCGUCUCGUUUAGGUCCAAUUUAUUUAAUUUUAACAGUUGAACUUAAAAUAUAGACUACAUGGUCAAAAGUAUGUAGACACCUGCUCGUCGAACAUCUCAUUCCAAAAUCAUGGGCAUUAAUAUGGAGUUGGACCCCCCCCUUUUCUGCUAUAACAGCCUCCACUCUUCUGGGAAGGCUUUCCACUAGAUGUUGGAACAUUGCUCUGGGGACUUGUUUCCAUGUUGGGCGAUUAGGCCUUGCUCGCAGUCAGUCUACAAAUUAAUCCCAAAGGUGUUCGAUGGGGUUGAGAACAGGGCUCUGUGCAGGCCAGUCAAGUUCUUCCACACCAAUCUCGACAACUCAUUUCGUUAUGGACCUCGCGUUGUGCACGGGGGCAUUGUCAUGCCCGAAACAGGAAAGGGCCUUCCCCAAACUGUUGCCACAAAGUUGUAAGCACAGAAUCGUCUAGAAUUGUAUGCUGUAGCGUUAAGAUUUUCCAUCACUGGAACUAAGGGGCCUAGCUCGAACCAUGAAAAACAUCCCCAGACCAUUAUUCCUCCUCCACCAAGCUUUACAGUUGGCACUAUGCAUUUGGGGCAGGUAGCGUUCUCCUGGCAUCCGCCAAACCCAGAUUCGUCCGUCGGACUGCCAGACGAUGAUGUGUGAUUCAUCACUCCAGAGAACGUGUUUCCACUGCUCCAGAGUCCAAUGGUGGUGAGCUUUACACCACUCCAGCCGACGCUUGGCAUUGCGCAUGGUGAUCUUAGGCGUGUGUGCUGCUGCUCUGCCAUGGAAACCCAUUUCAUGAAGCUCCCGAUGAACAGUUAUUGUGCUGACGUUGCUUCCAGAGGCAGUUUGGAACUCGGUAGUGAGUGUUGCAACCGAGGACAGACGAUUUUUACGCGCUUCAGCAAUCGGCGGUCCCGUUCUGUGAGCUUGUGUGGCCUACCACUUCACGGCUGAGCCGUUGUUGCUCCUAGACGUUUCCACUUCACAAUAAGGGGGGGGGUGUAAGGCUGCUGUCGUCACGGUGAAUCUAGGUGAAUUAUUACAGCCAUAUAAUGUUAUCUAGCGCAGGCCAAAGUCUAGCUGGAUAAGGCCUCACCCUCUUUGUACAUUUCUACACUUAAGAAUGCAGGUGAAGGUUAUUGUAGGAGUUGAGUCGACCUUGGGAAACGAGAAACCGCAUAAAGGCUCCGAGAAGGGUUGGGGUCAAGUUCCAUUUCAACUCGGUGAGCUCGAGAGAUGAAUUUAAAAUUCAAGGAAUUGAAAAGUCUUAUAGUCUUGUUGUCCAAUGAGGAUUGUUCAAGUUACAUUUCAGUUCACUGGAAAUUGACUGAAUUCAAGGGGGGAAUCAGCAGUUGCUACAUCCAUUUUUGGACUUAUAAAUGAAUGGUAUGUGUAGCCUACCAUAUGAGCUUGUUUUACUCCAAUGUUUGUAAACACAGUGUAAGGAAUACACUUUGUUAUUGUUUCAACUGCUGAUUGGCCCUUUUAACAAUGUGACCUGUACGCUCUCGUUGGCUGGCCCUCACUACACGUUCGUCGCCAAACCCACUGGCUCCAGGCCAUCUAUAAAUCACUGCUAGGCAAAUCCCCGCCUUAUCUUAGCUCAUUGGUCACCAUAGCAACACCCACCCGUAGUAUGCGCUCCAGCGGAUAUAUCUCACUGGUCAUCCCCAAAGCCAACACCUCCUUUGGCCGCCAUUCCUUCCAGUUCUCUGCUGCCAAUGACUGGAACGAAUUGCAAAAAUCUCUGAAGCUGGAGACUCUUAUCUCCCUCACUAACUUUAAGCGUCAGUUGUCAGAGCACCUUACCGAUCACUGCACCUGUACACAGCCCAUCUGAAAUUAGCCCACCCAACUACCUCAUCCCCAUAUUGUUAUUUAUUUUGCUCAUUUGCACCCCAGUAUCUCUAUUUGCACAUCAUCUUCUGCACAUCUAUCAUUCCAGUGUUAAUACUAAAUUGUAAUUAUUUUGCACUAUGGCCUAUUUAUUGCCUUACCUCCAUUACUUACUACAUUUGCACACACUGUAUAUAUAUUUUCUGUUGUAUUUUUUGACUUUAUGUUUUGUUUUACCCCAUAUGUAACUUGUUUUUAUCACACUGCUUUGCUUUAUCUUGGCCAGGUCGCAGUUGUAAAUGAGAACUUGUUCUCAACUGGCUUCUUACCUGGUUAAAUAAAGGUGAAAUAAAUAUUUUAAAAAUCCUAACAGUCCUAUAUGCCUCUGUCUCUCUCUGUCUCUCUCUCUCUCUCUCUCUCUCUCUCUCUCUCUCUCUCUCUCUCUCUCUCUCUCUCUGUCUCUCUCUCUCUGUGUCUCUCUCUCCUCUUGUCUCUCUCUCUGUCUCUCUCUUCUCUCUCUCUCUCUCUCGUCUCUCUCCUCUCUCUCUCUCUGUCUCUCUCUCUGUGUCUCUCUCGCUCUGUGUCUCUCUCUCUCUCUGUCUCUCUCGCUCUCGUCUCUCUCUCGCUGGUCUGCUGUCUCUGUCUCUCUCUCUCUUUGUUCCCUCCCAGGCUGUCUAGUGGCCUCCAGCCUCCAGGUGGCGCUGCAUUCCCUGGCCUGUUGUCUUUCCCUGGCAUGCCAGGCUUCUCCCCCUCUCCCAGCCAACUACACAACCCUGCCAUGCAGUCAGCCCUGCUACAGGUCUACACACACAGCAAAGCACACGCAAAGCACACGCAAAACACGCAAAGCACACGCAAAACACACGCACACAAAACACACGCAAAACACACGCAAAGCACACGCAAAACACACACAAAACACACAGAAAGCAAAUGUAGAGAUGAGAACUCAUGCCGUCCUGUGUUCCAGGCCCACUCUGCGUCUGUAUUAGAGGGUUAUACCACCUAUCCCCCUGGACCUGGCAACCCAUUCCCCUUACAACCUGGCAACCUACACCCCUCCCAGCUGGGUUGGCAGUGA